UACAAAACAAUCACCGCUGAAUCCCACAAUUUGGAAUUUAAAGAUUUUUUAUUCUUAAUACUGUACCAUAUUUGUACAAAUUCUACAAAUUGUUAUUUUUGUGAUCUUUGAGAACUAAAAUCCGUCAAUUUAAACUGGUUAUGUGCUCUGAAGAAGUGGAAGUCAUUUGGACUUGGUGUAGCUCAUCUGGACAUUUUAAGAAGUGUGGAGUGUUUAUUUGCAAUAUCUUUAAAGGAAUUUACACAAUAUUGAGUGAGGUGUUCAAAUUAUCCUUAAUACUAGCAUUCUAAUGAUAAGAAGAUUAAAUGAGGAGUAACAGUCAUUUUGCUAUUAAUAUUGUACUUGUCUUUGUUGUCGCUGUUUCUUGGUAUUUCGUCCUCUCAGCGUCCAAAAGAGCUCACAUCAGAUACAGCAUAUAAGAGAUUCGUCAAGCACCAAUUCGUCUGGUCCACCAAAAUGUCUUACCCACCAGACCAAGCUGCUUUUCAAGUUCAGGAGAGACUUAAGUCCCUGCAUCACACUGUUUUUGACUUAGAAGAAGAAAGGAACAGAAGUGAUCAUACUCUGAACAAUAUCACUAAAACUCAUGAUAAAAUCACAAUGGAGGGCAAAUUGACACCCUAUCAUCAGAACAAAUUGAAAGGACUGUACACGACAGCAGUGUCUGAUGCUGAGCAGGAAGAGACUCUGAUACGCCAGGCUCUCACCUACAUCAAUGAGAUUCGCAAUAUUGUAAACGACCAGAGAAUACAGGCCCGAAGUGCAGGAAACAAGGAGACAUUUGGCCGAGGCGAUAUGAUGAACAUGUUGAUCACCUCAGCCCUGACGCUGCCGUUGUGGGUCGGUCGACCGGGUCAGAAAGUGCCUCCUCUGUGUGGCGCUGUACCUGCAGAGAGCUCCUACAUAGCAAAGACUGGUGACAUGGUAGCAGCUCUGGUUAAAUCAGAAGAAGAAAACUGGAUUUUGGCUGAAGUAGUGACAUUCAACUCAGCUACCAAUAAGUAUGAAGUUGAUGACAUUGAUGAAGAACAAAAGGACAGACACACAUUAAGUCGUAAAAGUGUCGUCCCUCUACCACUGAUGAGAGCAAACCCAGAGACUGAUCCUAAUGCUCUUUUCCCCAAAGGUUCCGUAGUGAUGGCGCUGUUCCCACAGACAACCUGCUUUUACAAGGCAGUCGUCAACCAGCUGCCGCAGACAUUCACAGACGAUUACGAGUUGUUGUUUGAGGACUCGACGUAUCCGGAUGGUUACGCGCCUCCUCUCAACGUGCCCCAGCGUUACGUCAUCGAGAUCAAGGACAAGAAGGACAAAAGUCAAUCCUGACAGCAGGAGUCGUUGUCUCAAUUGUUGGCCAUUUUCUAGGCUUAAUGAGAAACUUUCAACCGCGGUGAUUGUGAUUGGGGUGUGUGAAAUAACAUUGGUAUUAAGUGCACAAGGGACACGUACGUUUUGUAUACAGGGGUAGAGCUUAGGACUAUCACGAGUGUUUGUGUCGGUGUUUGCAGUUUUCAGGAUAGUCUGGUGAUAACAGAGCUCCAACUCAGGAACAAAAAUUUGUUUUCUUUCAAAACCAGAACCAGUAGUUCUUGUAUGAAGCGUUUUUGCAUAAUAUACUGACUGGUAUAAAUUUGAAACCACUACAAAAAAAACUGGCACCUAAAAUCAAAUUUUGUCAUGUCAUGUUCGGAAGCCUCAAUAAGUUAUUUGAAAAGUCUUGUAUUUACAUGUUGUGUACGUAGUAGUUAUGUGUAGUAUAAUGUUGUCUUUUCUCCCACCUCAUAGGAUCUCUGUUGUAAAAUAACUGUCUAGAAUCUAAAUUCAUCAUAUUUUUAACUCAUUUCCAAGUUGUGUAGGUAAAAUAAACUAAAAUUAGUUUCUACUUGUGGUGUAAAGAUUGCUGAUGUUUUAGUAUCAAUGUUACAAGUUACAAUGAAUGUUUUACGCAUUAGACUUUGAGAAUACAGAAUACAGAGUACUUUAUUCGUGAGCAUCAAGCACAGAAUGGUGUCAAUACAAUUGUCAAUACAAUUGAGAACUGAUUUUUGCGUGUGAAGUGGUUGUUGUAGAAUUAGUUAUGCUUCAAUGUAUUGCAAAGAUAACAAUAUUUUCAGUUUUUAAUAGUUUUGUACGUAGACCUAAACAUUAAAAUUUGUAUUUCAGUGUAUUUGGUUCAAAUAUUGUACUCCUU